UCCAUCCUUCAAAACAAUAUUGAAGUCAAGUUUUGAAGGCCUCAAAUAAUGGGCAAUAAUCCACUCAUCAUCCUCAUCAUCUCAAUCCUUUUCCUCUCAUCACAAACCAUCUCCGUAGCCCGUGAGAGUGAGGAAACCAAAUUUAGCUAUAUUAGGGGAGCUGAGAAUGGCCCAGAGAAAUGGGGAAAACUUAACACAAAUUAUACACUCUGCAAUGCUGGUCAAAUGCAGUCUCCCAUUAAUAUUGAUGACUCAACUGUUAAUGUUACCUCCAAAUUUGGGGAGUUGAUUCAGCGUUACGAACCGUUUGAGGCUAGAAUCAUAAACAAUGGCAAUUCUCUUCAGAUCCAGUGGACAAGUGAUAAGGCCGGAAAGAUCAUCAUUAACGGUACCGACUACUUCAUUCAAAAUUGUCACUGCCAUACUCCCUCUGAGAACACUGUGAACGGCAAAAAGUAUGAUAUGGAGAUGCAUCUGGUUCAUAAGAGUACAAAAGAUGAAUUUGCUGCUGUCUCCCUCUUAUUCAAAAUUGGAGAACCUGAUAGUUUCCUUGGACAAUUUCUGAACAGCAGCAUCAAGCAAGUUGGUCGCAAUGGUGCAGAUUUAGGUGUCCUUAAUCCAAGAAAGAUCGGAUAUGAGGGCAAGAAAUAUUACAGAUUCAUUGGUUCCCUCACAACCCCACCAUGCACACAGGGUGUCAUCUGGACAGUAAUCAAGAAGUCAAAGACUUUAUCACAGGACCAGAUAAAGUUAUUAAAGGAAGCUGUUGAUGAUGGUUACGAGAAAAAUGCAAGGCCAGUGCAACCACUCAAUGGAAGGACAGUAUAUCUCAAUCAACCAAAGGAACGUCGUUGCCGGUCUUAUUUUUAAAGAGCACCCAUCCAGCCAUUUAAUUAUACGCACAUAUAUAUACACAAACUGUAGCAUGUGCUGUUUAGGAAGUAUAUAUAUGUAUUGAGGGAGUGAUGCGCCUGAGCUUUUAAAUAUGUAUUGUAAUCUUCUCCCAAAAAAGUUGAGUUUUCAAUCCAAGAUCCCACCACUCGGCCAGACAGAA